CGCAGUCAGCUGGCCGCAGCGCCGGGACAUGGACGCCGACAGACAUGAUGAACGUAGCUGCUGCAUUUCCGACCCACAGAAAGUGGAAGUGCAGGCGGUUGUUGUCAACUGCCAAGAGCUGAAAAGUCUCAACAAUGUAUAUGAACCAACUACAGUACAAGUGGAAACGGCGCCUGCGUUACCUCAGAUAUUUGCUACAGCUGCCGCUAUGUCGUUCCACAUAGUUGUCGGUGUUUCACUGGCAUUUUCUGCUAUACUAGUGCCAAGUAUUAUGAAGGAAGCAGACGAACUUAAUAUCUCUAAAUCACAGGCGUCGUGGCUUGCCAGUUCUUUAGUACUGUUUGUGCCGGUUGGAACAAUGACUGCUGGCUGUCUUAUGGAAUCAUAUGGUCGUCUCAACGCAAUCAAAAUGGCAGCUAUACCUUCUAUAGUAGGCUGGGCCUUAAUCGGAAGUGGGCAGAGUUUCGUGCCUCUACUUAUUGGAAGAAUGUUAACCGGCAUAGGCACAGGUAUGGGAUCGAGUCCAGCUGUUGUAUACACGACAGAAAUUGCAAAGCCAGAGAUCAGGGGAGCUUUGACUUCGGCGGGAGCAACGCUUGCAUCACUUGGAAUGCUUAUAAUCUACGGCGAAGGAGCAUUACUACAUUGGCGAACCUGUUCCUGGCUGAGUAUGAUAUACAUAAUUGUACCAAUAAUUCUCGUAUGGACGUGCAUUCCCGAGAGCCCUGUCUGGCUCAUUGCAAGAGGAAGAGUUGACGAAGCAGAGGCAUCGCUCAAAUGGUUCGGUGGCAAAAACAAAUCGCUACACAAGAGACAGCUAGCUGCGAUGGUUAGAUCGCAGGACAUGCGGGCGCUCGCCGUUUCAAGCUUCCCCAUGCGCAUGAAGUCCUUCCUGAAACCCACUGGCUACAAGCCAUUGGGAAUCAUGUUUGUGCUUUUUAUCGUUCAGCAGUUUUCAGGAAUUUAUAUAACACUGUUCUAUGCAAUCAACUUCUUCGAGGACAUUGGAACUGAGAUAGAUCCAAACUUGGCGACUGUAUUCCUGGGGAUGGUGCGAUUUGGUAUGAGCGUGGCAAACACAAUUUUAUUGAAACACUUCGGUCGUCGAACACUCUGUUUCUUCAGCUGCUUCGGCAUGUCCAUUAGUAUGAUACUGUCGGGAUUUUCUACAAUGUACAUAAUGAAUGGAGGAGGUUUAACUUGGAUUCCUGUAGUUUGUGUGCUGGCCUAUGUUUGCACAAGCAUGUCAGGAUUGUUGAGCAUCCCAUGGAUCAUGACUGCAGAGCUUUUCCCAACUGAAAUAAGAGGAAUUGCGCAUGGUAUUGUCAUGUCAUUUGGGUACCUCGCUAUGUUUGCCGCCAUCCAGUGCUACUUUGACAUGCUCUACUAUUUUGGUGGAGCACAUGUGUUGCAGUGGUUCUUUGCUGGCAUGUCAUUAUUAGGAGCAGUACAUGUGUGGAUUUUUCUGCCUGAAACCCAUAGUGUCACAUUGUCAAGCAUUGAACAGUACUUUAAAGAAAAUAUAUUUUACUGCAGGUAUCUAAGAAAACAAGCCAGAGAGGCAGCACCAAAUUUAUAAACAGAAACAAGUCUUAGUACAAA